AUGGAAUACCAGACUGCCCUGCUUCAACUUAAUUUGCAUUUCGCACUCAUGCCUCCAUUCAGCAGUCAGGAUAUCCCCGAUCUUCGCGACCAGGUCAUAAUUGUCACUGGGGGCAACGUGGGUCUUGGUUAUGAAACGAUCCGCCAGCUCAGCGAACAUAACCCCGCGAGUAUCUACCUCGCUGCUCGAUCCCAAUCCAAGGCCGAAGAAGCCAUUGCAAAGCUAAAGGAGGCCAAUCAAACUUUCACCAAUAUCCGUUUCCUCCAACUGGACCUUGCGUCGUUUAGCAGCAUCAAAGCAGCUGCGGCAGACUUCCUUCGUCAAGAGUCUCGCUUGGACAUCCUGAUCAACAAUGCCGGCAUCAUGAUGACUCCAGAAGAUGUCACGGAGGACGGAUACGAGAUCCAAUUCGGAACGAAUCUCCUGGGUCCAGCGUUAUUCACGCAGUUGCUAUUACCAACUCUGCGAAAGACGACAAAGGUGAACAGUCAGACACGGACGGUUAUGCUCUCUUCUGCCGCCCACGCCAGGGCGCCUAGUGACAUUUAUCAGUGUGACGAGCUUCGAACGAGUGUCCCCGGCCGACAUACUACCAAGCGAUACACAACGUCCAAGCUCGCCAAUCUUCACUAUGCGCGAGCUUUGGCGGCCAGGGAAACAGAAGUCAAGAUCAUCCCGGUUCACCCCGGCAUGGUGGCGACCAACCUUCACCUUGCCUCAACGGGCACUUUUCUCAAGCCCUUUCUCAAUGCCGCCAUUUGCUUGGCUGCUACCUCGGUAGAGAAAGGCGCCCUUUCUCAGAAUUAUGCGGCUGUGAGCCCUGAGGCGAAACACGGACAGUACUAUGGUCCUGUUGGCAAGGCAGAGUCGGGCUCGAAACUCAGCCAGAAUCAUGAGCUACAGGAAGAACUGUUCACAUGGGCCCAGGGCGAGCUGUCAGCACAUGUCGAGACGAACCUUUAA